AUAUAUGGAGAAUAAUAGUUUCUACCAGCCUCCUAAAAUGGCACAAAACAGCAGGGAAAACAAGAAAGCAGGCAGCAAAAUCACACACACAUAGAUUAUCAUCACCUCUUCCUUAGGAACCCCAAAAAUCCAUAUAUCAAGAAAAAGAGAGAGAAAGGGAGAGAGGAAGAAACGACAGGAGAGUCGGUCUAGUGAAGGGAAAAAGGGAAGAGUGGAGCGAGGAUUCAGGAGAGAAAUUCAUGGGAGAAAAAUGAGGGAAAGACAGCAUUUACGUAGGUUGAUUUAGAUUUUCAUUGAAAGCUUUGAAUUUUGAACAAUAUAUUUUUAUUAAAUUCUAUGCUAUCUCUGUCUGUUUUUUUUUUUUUUUUCUUUUUAUUUUCAGUCUUUCCACAUUUUACUGAUCUCUCAGACAAGUAUAUCUGCUGGGUUUGAGAAAAAUCCGAAACUGUCAGAUUCUCUCUCCCUCUUUCUCUCUCUCUCUCUCUCUCCAUCUCUCUCACAACUUAUAGCUUUAUAAAUCUGUAUGCAGAAGCAUUCUUUGAGCGUAAAUGUAUCAGAAAGUUGCAAUCUUGGCUGAAUUAUUAUGAGGGUCUUUCUCUUUUCAUGUGUUUCUGGUAUUGAUGGAUUCCAUCACAGCCAGAUUUUGAGCAAUCAUUUGCAGAUGGUAAAUUGGGUAUUUGGGGGCUUUUUUUUUUUUUUUUUUCUUUGAUUUUGGCUUUUAUUGAUUCUGCAUAAAAGAAAUUUCCUUCUCCAUUUGGUGUUCUUUCUUUUAAACAUUCUCCUUUUGUGUGGGUUUCUCAAUAUUCUGUGUUUCUUGAACAGUAUAAGGGUGAUGUGGUGGAUGGAUUUUGUGUGUAUAUGUAGUCUCCAUUUUGGUUUGGUUUACUGAAAAUGUUGUGAUUGUGUUGAAAUUUUAUGGCAAUGGCUCAAGAAGAACAUGCCCAAAAGUAUAGCAAUAGUAAUAGUGGUGGUGGUGGGCAUGGCAGUAGAUCUUCCAAGAAGAUGAAGCCAAAAAAAGUCCCACAGAGAGGGCUAGGUGUUGCUCAGCUUGAAAAGAUCAGAUUAGAAGAGCAGCAUAGAAAAGAUGCAGCUUUACUAGCAGCCAGUGUUUUGCCUCCCACUUUUAGGCCUCACCUUUCUUCGUCUUCUUCGAUGGCUUUGCCACCGCCAUCACCCACUGAUCUAGCUUCCCCGAAUUCCGCUUUUAUUAGGCCACUCCAAUCCCCUUGUGUUUCAAAGAUCGAUGCUUUCCAGCCUUACUCCAAUGUGUCGUUUUCAAAGCCUUUGAAUGUGGGAGGUGUUGAUAGGAGUUGGGCAAGUAUGAUUGUUCCCGGGAAUCAUAAUUGGCCUAAAUUGUCUAAUGGUGAAUACAAUCUUAAAGUAGAGAACCAGAGGUUUGAUCACCAUGGUGUCGGGUUUCAGCCGAACUUAAAUUUGGCCGUUGAAUCACAGAACCCAGUUUUGCCUCUCCCCUGUGUAUUGCAAAGAUCACAACAAUGCCAACGCCCUUCCUCUUCAUCAAUGGUGAACGCCUCAACAGGGAUUUCAUCAUCAUCUGCUCUGAAUUAUCAGAUGGAGCCCCCUUCAAACCAAAAUUAUUGUGGCAACAAUUAUACACCCCUGUGGCCGGAGGAAGUGAAGCAGAUGGUUGGCAUUAAGAGGCCAUAUCCCUUCUCCCCCGAGUAUCCACCACUGCCUGCAUUUCGUUGCAAAUUUCCUGCGGGCUAUAUGCCUUGUGUUUCUAAAACAAACGAGUCUGCUUCCAGCAGCACUGGUUGCACGUUUAAUGUAGAACCACCGUCCAAUCUUCCAACGAGAGAAGGUCCGUCAAACUCAGAUUCUAUGUCUGAGUCCAACCCGCGGAGACUUACCAGAGAGAAUGAAGGUUUGGGUGGAGGAGAUUUUCUCACGCUGGCCCCUCCAGCAGCUUCUUCACUGCAUUUAGAUCCAAGAUACCAUCGUUCAUUUGGCAAUUCACCUCUCGAAACAUCUAAUCAGGGAGGUGGCGAAGAGCUGGUUCAACGCUCAUCAGGACCAAGCCGAUCGGAUCAACCACUCAUCUACACCUUUUUUCCAUCAGCCAACAUACAUAGCGGGCACGAAGCUACCCCUAAAAGCAGCUACAAGGGUGAAGCAAGCGGAGGCGUCGAUCUAAACCUCAAGUUAUAGCCAACUUGCUCAUCAUCUCUUGUGGCUUAUGGUGUUUCUAGUCAUCCUUUUAUGCAUUUGUGUUCAUAUGAGCAUUGUGGUGUGUGUAUAUUUUGGUUUCCAUCUUCUGGGACUCUCUCUGUCCUCAAGCUGUUGUGCUAUUUAGAUGAUCCAUUUUACACAACAGCUUUGUUCAUCAAGUUUGAGCUAAAUAUCUUGCUUUGUUUCAAUAAGCAAGACUGACUGAGUUUGAUCCA